CUCAUCACACCUCUCAUUAAAGCUUCUAACAGCGCCCGCAGAUCCUCUGAUCGUCAGCCGUUACAGUCUCUCAUCGAUAUCAUCUCCAGUAGUGCUCUAUUGUCGCUGGUGACCACCGACACGGUCAACGACCAUCGAUAGGCCCUAGUCCUCGCCUCCCCCCUCCCCGCAUCCCUUCGCUCGACCCCUCCUACCCCUCCCCAACUAUGCUAGCCCUCGCCCUCCUUUUCCUAACAUCCGCCCGCGCGCUCUGCGUUGACCCCGCCGCCAUCCGCGCCGUCGAGCCGCGCCUGGCCGCCAUCAAAGCCGCGUCCAAGGACGAGUGCACAACGUCCUGCGGCGCCGCGGGCAACGCGUACGCUUACUACGCGCCUGGGUCGUGUUAUUGCGGUCCCGACAUUGCGCUUGGCGAGGCUGUUUCUGCUCCAAACUGCGGCGGCGCGUACGACAUCACACGCACCUUCGUCCCGGCAGGCAAGGGCAAGGCGGCGCCGCGCGCCCCCGCCUGUCCCAAGGGCAAGAUGCAGUGCAACACGCCCACGCGGGGGGAAUGGGAGUGUGUCGAAGUCAACUCGACUAUCUCGUCCUGCGGUGGCUGCGUGCUCGGCGAAUACGGCGUGCCGGAAUCCACGAGCGGCGAGGACUGCCGCUUCGUGCCCGGCGUCGCGCCCGGCGGCGCGACCUGCGUCCUCGGCCGGUGCGGGGUGACCGCAUGCGUCGAAGGCUGGACCGUGCGCGCAAGCCGCAAGGCAGAAGCGGCGUGCGUGUACAACGUGUACGGCGACGUCUUCCGGGGCGGGCACGAAGACCAAGCGUGGGUCGCGGCGCAUAUUGCGCAGUGGUCGCCGCCCGUCGAGGAGGAGGACGAGGAAGAGGAAGAGGCGCCACCGGUCAAGACCAAGGGCAAGACCAAGGGCAAGAGCAAGCCCAAGGCGCAGCCGGAGCCGGAGCCGGAGUAUAUGGACGAGAGCGAGGUGCUUGCGCUCAUUGCGGGUGUGCAGAAGGAGCGCGUGGACAAGGGCGAGCGGCCGUUGCCGGUGCAAAUUAUCGCGGCGGCCAAGGCGCCUGAGGCGCCGCGCGUCGUGGACGGCGUGGAUACGGGCGACGAGCCCGCCCCGGGCUCCGAGGCGCCGCGCGACGACGGCGCAGACGCCGUCAAGGACGUGUUUGAUACCGCGGACGAGGACACGUCCCCGGUCCGCAUGGGUAUCAGGUCAUAGAUGUAUGAGUUUUGGUUG